CUCAUGUUCAUUACAACAAAACUAUAUAUGAUUGCUGAGAGGACUAAAGGUGUUAAAAAAAAAAAAAAAAUGUAGAUCUGCAAGAUGACAGCUUUUAAUUAUUUCAUUCACUACCAAGACAGCCAAAUGAUUAACAAGAGCAAUUCAAUUAAAAGUAGACAUCACUUGAAAUUCGAUGUUUUCAACUCUUGAAGAAAAGAUACUUGCUAUUCAAAAUCUUGGCGCGCAGGAAAGAAAAGCAAACUAAAUCAAAAGCUAACCAAGAAAACAACAAAGAUACAAAAAUAAAAAUAAAAAAUUCCAUGACAGCAUCACAUAAGUUAAGCAAAACAGAGUAAUUUGACAUGCGCUUGGUGGGACCCCGAGUUGCCGACAGCAUGGAUGAAGCACUCAAAAGAAAAAUGAUAGCAAGUACUUAUAAAAACUAUCAUGGAUGCAAUGAUUAUCUGGAUAGAAGUCAAUUCACAAUGAGGGGCUACCCAGAUUCCUAAUCUUAUCAGCUCAAUAUGUUAAUGGCAUAGGAUACCCAACCACUUAUUCGUGACAAACAUUCCCACAAUUUUUUCAAGUUAAGCUAUGAUUACUACUAAAACGUGUACCAGAUAAAUAUUCCUCUUCAUGCUUGUAAGAAGCGUCUGCCAGAACACAACCAGCAGCAUGCACAAGCUCAUGCUCAACAUGGGAAGACAGACUCUUAUCUAUCUUCUCCUUGCAUGGCUCCUGCUUGCAGCUUAUCCACGCCAUUACUCUACGGUUUCUGUUCAAGCUAUUGAAUCAGCUCAUUUCAAGCUCAAACCUGCACAACCAAACUCAAGGUCUGGCAGAUUUGUUUUCCCUGCUUGGGUUGAUGGAAAGAAGAUUCAUAAAGCACCAUCAGGACCCAACCCAGUUGGGAAUCACCGCCCACCAUCCAAGCAUUGAGCCCAUGGAUGCAGUUGUUAGACAAAAUGCCUAGAAGGAACAUUAUUUUCCUUAAGAGUUGAAGGUAAUCAGAUGUAUUCUUGUAGGUUUGAAAACAAGUCCUUCUGAGUACUGUGCUUGUACAAAAUGGAAUUUAAUUGAAGAUUUAUUUUCUAGAAGCUUUAAUGUACCACUAGGAAAUUAUUAGCUUUAGAGUUCCAUAUCUCUAAUGACUAUGAACUACAUUCAUAAGCAAACACAAAGUGCAUUACAGCAUUCUGCAUAGCUGGGAUUCUACAUGUUGCAGCUAUGCUGAAAUACCCAUACACCCUAAAUUGUGCAGCAAAUAUUGAAAGUAAACUUGUACGUACCAUUCGCAGACCUCACAUGUAUUUAUACAGGGUAAGGAAUUGGUAAGAGAAACACUGUGCAGACCUUCAGGCCUUCUUACUUCAACAUUUAAAUGGUUGGAGAACUUCAGCUCCCUAGAUUUUGCAACUUCUGUCUAGAGAACUGUUUUUGCUAAUUAAUCUCCAAUAUUAAUAAAAAAAUAAAUUGAAAUUAAA